AUGUCAUUACCUAGUACUUACUCCCGGCUUGGUCCCGAAGGCAGAAAACUAUAUGCCCAGAUUCAUUCAUCUUCAGACCAGUAUAAUACCGCGGGCACUACGUUUCGAGUACCAGGUGCUCUCGAUUACUUAUUUGAUGAGAUUGUUCGUCCAAACGCCACAACGACACCAGCUAAAGUGUUAUCAUAUUUGGCUUACUACUAUCCUAAGAUCAAGAACCCAGAGAACGUUCGACUAUUGUCCGAAUGCUUUCUUUCGUGUCCUUUCUUUUUUGGUGAUCAGCGGGUGAUUCAGAUAUCAGAUACCUAUAAAGUCAUUGAUUGCUGUCGGUAUAUUAUGGAUCAAAAAUACCGGAUUUCAGAACCUACUGUGCCAUUUUACUCCUUUUACAGAUCAUUAUUCAAUGGAAUCUAUAAUGUUUACGAAUCCAACCCAUUCGAAGAAUCAUGGAAGGUGCAACCACUGAUACUGGGAUGUCUAUUAGCCAUCGAGUCUAGGAAUGAUUAUGACCCAUAUCCAGCAUAUACUGGUCUCAUCAAGGAGGUAGACGAACAGUUGCUGGGCUUAUUACAGCGAGCGUUGAUUGAUACUAGCCGGAACCCUUCUCUUGGUAUGGACGUGCGCUACUUAGAGUUGAGCUAUAUGGCAUUACUACAGGAGAAGAUUUCCAAUGGCACUUUCAAGAUCAUUUUGAAAAACCAACCAUUCCUUCCUAGUUUGAUAAUUGAUUUCAUCUUUAAUUCGCUGUAUGGAUUUCAAGGUGGAAUAUUGCUAGAAAAGAGCUGGUCAUUGUCACAGGCAACCGAGAAAGCUCCUGCUCUAAGGCACCUCAAUAGACUAUCGAAGUUAUAUUGCAAGCUCAUUUCGAUCCAUCCUCUUACUGUGGAUAACCUCAAUGGAAUCGAUCUUGCUUUGAACAACAUUCAAAAUUAUUCCAUAUCAUUGUUUGCGACGCUUGAGAAAAGAGACGACUUCAUACAUUCUGACAAAGAUUCCGACACUUGGAAGAUUCUAAAGCAAUGCUUCUUUUCUAUCGUGGUUAUGUUUGAAGGUAUAUGUACGAAGAUCUAUCAGAACGAGGAUACUUCGAGGAGCCCUAUUUACAGCCGCUUUUGCAGAAAGAUCCUGAAUUCAUUUUUUAGCAUUGGAUUUAUUAUCGAGAAGGUCGGGACAGGAGGUUUUGAGGAGUACAAUUUUGUUUAUGGCAUCUCAGCAAACUACUUGAAUCAAAACGAUGUGGGUGCGGUAGAAUUACUGGUAAAGGUGUGGCUUGACAAUCUUUCAUUGGACAAUUAUACUAUCAUCAGUUCCCCGUUUAAUCAGGCCAAACUUCUUUUCUGUCUAAACUUUGUGGAAGGCUAUCUCAAUAGCUUGACCGAGGAGACAAAAUCUAGCACAAUACUGCCAUUAGUGGAAAAACUGCUUAAGCAAGGCCCCAACCAGGAUGUGUUAGAAGGAGCUCAUUCAGUAAUGCUUAAGUAUUUCACCACCCUUGAUGCGCUGAGAUCAAUGGACUCACAGCAACAGAGGAGAAUAGAAAAGCUGUUACUAGAUUAUUUGGCCCUUUCAUUUGAGCAAUUUCCAUUCUGCCUCUCCUUGAACCAACUUGCCAUUAUUGUAGACACAUUGGCUAAUGCCGUUUUUCCAGGCUCGCUUAUUUAUUCGUGGGAUCACUCAAUCUGCCUUAAGCUUCAACAGGAAGUGUUCAGCCAAUGUGUUAAAUCCGCAAAUUUUGACAUUUCUCAGAAGAACCCUGAAGCUGUCAUCAAGCACAGGAGACCUGCGAUAACUAUGACACUGAUUCUCAUCUCACCUUUAUUUUUAACGGAGACGUUUGUUGCUUGGUUGGAAAGAAUCAAAACAAAACUCAUUGACCCUACGAUGGAUACCACAGAAAGAUUAUACCUCCUUGAUAAGCUAUGGGAUUCCAUUCUUAGUACCAACAAAUACUAUCCACAGAAGGGUGCAUUAGGCAUAGAGUGGUGGUAUAAUAGAAUCAAUACCGGUGAUCCGAAAUUAUAG